CAUUAAUCCAAACCCAGAGCAAUCAGGCGUCAGGUCCAGCACACACCAAGGGAUCUUUGUCAAACUAAACCUAAGAGACGAUGCAUCUGUCUAAGAUUGUGCUCUCUGUUAGCCUGCUGAUCGCUUUGGGUGCAGUAGUUUUGAGCGACCAGGAGACGCACCAGCAGCCUGCAGCCACCAGCCCGGAGGACACGGAGCAAUGCGCCACCUGCGAGGUCCGGCAGCAGAUUAAAACCAUGCGACUGAACGCCAUUAAAUCUCAGAUUCUGAGCAAACUGAGAAUGAAGGAAGCUCCCAACAUCAGCAGAGACAUAGUGAAGCAGCUCCUGCCCAAAGCGCCUCCGCUGCAGCAGCUCCUGGACCAGUACGACGUGCUGGGAGACGACAACAAGGAUGUGGUGAUGGAGGAGGACGAUGAGCACGCCACCACGGAGACGAUAAUGAUGAUAGCCACCGAACCUGAUGUCAUCGUCCAAGUGGAUGGACAACCUAGGUGCUGCUUUUUCUCCUUCACCCAAAAGUUUCAAGCCAAUCGAAUAGUUCGAGCGCAGCUAUGGGUGCAUCUGCGCCCGGCAGAGGAGGCGACCACUGUGUUCCUGCAAAUCUCCCGUCUGAUGCCGGUCACAGACGGGAACAGGCACAUACGCAUCCGCUCCCUGAAGAUCGACGUGAAUGCCGGGGUCAGCUCUUGGCAAAGUAUAGACGUCAAACAAGUGCUUGCUGUGUGGCUGCGGCAGCCGGAGACCAACUGGGGCAUCGAGAUAAACGCCUUCGAUUCGAGGGGAAACGACUUGGCUGUGACCUCCGUGGAGCCUGGAGAGGACGGACUGCAACCUUUCCUGGAGGUGAAGAUCUCAGAGGGCCCCAGGCGAGUAAGAAGAAACGCGGGCCUGGACUGUGAUGAGAACUCUCCAGAGUCCCGGUGCUGCCGCUACCCGCUCACAGUGGACUUUGAAGACUUUGGGUGGGACUGGAUUAUUGCCCCAAAGCGCUACAAGGCCAACUAUUGCUCUGGGGAGUGUGAGUACAUGCACCUGCAGAAGUACCCGCACACCCACCUGGUGAACAAAGCCAACCCAAGAGGGACCGCAGGCCCCUGCUGCACCCCCACCAAGAUGUCGCCCAUCAACAUGCUCUACUUUAACUUUAAGGAGCAGAUCAUCUACGGCAAGAUCCCCUCCAUGGUCGUAGACCGCUGUGGAUGCUCUUGAGUCGGGGCGGAGAUCACAGCGAGAGAGGGAGGGGAGGACGCGAGGGCCUGCGGCUCAGUCCCAGCUUCCAACUUUUAAGACUUUUUGACACAAACCGAUCCACCAGUUCCAGAGCUUUCCUGCAAAACACGGUGCAAAAGAACCAGAGUAGGGGCCGCCAACAACCCGAGCGCUUUCACAGCCGGCAUAGCUCUUCCUUUUUCUUUCCUUCAGUGAAAUCUAUAGCCAGAGAAGUCAGAGGGAUGCAGGAACACAAACACAAAGACAUGCUUGGACUUGAAUGUAGAUGAAAAUGUUCAAAGUUAUCCAAAAAUCCUGAAUGUAGGCUCUUCUGUCCAUUUAUACAAACAUGCAACAGAUAAUAUCUGUGAGCUAUCUCUCCGCUCAUAGCCAACACACGAGCUAUUACUCUCUUUUUGCUAAGCUGUAUGUUUGUGAUAAUCAAUUUUCCAGUUAUGUUUGCAGAGUGAAACCAGGAAUCCUCAUGGACUUUUUGAAAGGGCUAGGAAAAACACAAAUGGAGACUCUUAAGUGAUGCUUCACGCUGGGGGAACAUGGUUUAGAGCAGAUAGGCUGAAAUGACCUCAAUUUAUAACUUUAAUUCAUGAGACCCAGCCAAAAAAAAUGCAGCCUUGCAUGCUUUUCUGAUAUGCUUAGACUAUUUUUGCUGUUUCUUAAAACUAGGGGGUAAAAUUUAAAGAGCAAGCGAUGACAAAAAUGUUCCUCCAAUGUGAAGAAUCUCUGUAAGAGUGGACUUGUAAUGUACUCUUCCAUGCUUACACACAGAAACAUAACCAAACCAGGAGCAAUCCUGCUCUACAUGAUCUCCACAACCCAACUAAAAACAGCCAGACCUGCCCGAUACACUUGAAUUAUUCUGAUUGUAAAUUCACAUUACUGGACAGAAGGACUUGAACUGAAGGCACAAAGAAUGCAGCCGACAAAUAAAGAAAUGUGUUUAAGACAGAGGAAAAGGAUUGUAUGAAUGUCGAGAUCACGCUUAAUCUCUGUCUUACAAACGACACAGUUUGCACUAUGGCACACCAAUAGAAAGAAUUGGUUGCUACAAGAGUUGUAAAAACUGAUUUUGAUAUGUUUGCUAAUUUGUAUUGUAUACAUAUGCCAUUGUUUCCAUUUUAGGAGUUGCCUUUCUAAACCACUAUUGGUUAAUGUAUAAAACCGCAGUCUAGCAAGAUAUAAGAUGUAAUACAGCAACUCUGUACAAAUGUUUCAACAAAUAAAG